AAUAAUGCAGACCAAUUAUGUUGUGUUUUAUUUGAUUUUGGUUCUGAAUUUCUGUGAGGGUUCAACCCGCUGUGCAACAUGCAGAAAACCAGUGGUUGCAUUUACUGCAAAGCUCUCCAAGGAUACGUUAAUCAGAGGUCACGACGUUGUCAAGUAUGAUCAAGUCUUAACGAAUUGGGGCGGAACCUACAACCCAAGGUCUGGAAUAUUUACUGCCCCCUAUGAUGGUCUGUACACCAUAUCGUGUACACUCAUGAGUCAUUCAACUAAUGAUGUGCUUUUGAAGAUUGUAAAAAAUGGGAAGAAGAUGUCCAAGUUAUACUCUGCUUCAAAGACAUUUCCACAAUCUGGACAAAUUAUGCACCUUCUACUCAAUAAAGGAGAUAGAGUCUGGAUACAGAAUGAUAAUACGAAGGCAGCAAAGCUCCACGACCACGGCUCAUAUAAUCUAUUUUCUGUUCUUCUAAUCACAGACUUAUGAAGGGGAAUAAUUAUUUGAAAUAAAUCAUUUACAUGUA